UAGUUUGUUUCUCGUUUUGUAAAUGGUAUGCUCGUGUACAUCAAUUGUAUGUAGCCGCUAAUUUUUUUUCUUAUGUAGAAUUGAUUUUUUUUAGUUGUAUCAUUGUAUGGUAAGGAUGUGGGAAUUCACGUGAUUAGCAGAGGAUGUUUGUUGCACAGAGGCAAUUCUUUUCUUCGCACUGCAAGGGUAGAACGGCUCAAUUCUUGUGUUUGGCUGCCUGUGUUUUGUUGAAGGGAUGGGAACGUAUGGGAUAACAGCUUCCGUUAGCCACCGUUUUGUAUGGCCCGCUGUCAGUCAAACAAUAUCCUCUUCUCUUCCCAGCGCUUGUUCUCUCCCCGCAGGAAGGAACUUGAGCUCGAUCGAUUUGCUCGGCCGCCGCGUCGAUCCAAACUCAAUGGAAAUCGGCUGAAUCAAAUCGACGUUGUUCUGGUCGCGAUCAAAUCGAUUGAUUUACCUGCUUUCUUUUUCUCUUGUGCCGUCCGCUCGUCUCCGCAUGACACCCGUUGCCACAGGUCGCUGCUGCCUUUUGCUCGCCUCCGUGCAGCGCUCGCCGGACCCCCACGCAGCCCUCGCCUGCCCGCCCCUCGCCGUCUCCAUGCGCCGCACAACCCGCAACUCGAUCGACUGCUCGCCGUUCGCCGCCUUCAUGCGCCGUGCCGCCCGCAGCUCGCCGCGGCCUUCGCACUCGGCGUCGGUCGUCAGGAGCCUCAGAAUCCAGAACUUCGGGCAGUGUUGGCUAAAAGUGAAGAUACUUGCUCAGAGCAACGGCGGUUUGAACUGCCGCACCGCUGUCCUUUGUACUUCCCUCCGGACAAUAUGUUGAGGUGACGGGCAUACCCGGGGCAAGACAAAAUGACAGGAUAUAUGGCGGUUGCUGAUGGGGCGCCAAUCUAUUUCCAAAGGCCAGCAAUGUUGGAGGACGGCAGCCGGUGAGCCAUUCUCGACACCCUCUGCCGUCAAAAUUUGUGCUAUGUCCCUAUGUGUUUAAGCGUGGGUCUUCGUGUCCACUGCUUUCCAGCUUUGUGUCACCGUGUACCCGUAGGCAAGCCUUAAGGCACUGUUGGCGUGCCGUCCGUCCUUACUUAAAUGCACACUAAUCAAUGGAGUAAACCUGCCACACAGCCUAACUCUAACAAUGAUUGAUGGGCUCAGCAGUGUACUCUAACCUUAGUUCUUGUGUCUCAUCCCGGAUAGACUU